UAAAGGUGUUCUUCCCCACUUCCCAACAGGCCAGGGCCCGACCAUCCUCUUUGCUACCCUGGGCAGUCCUUGCUUCGGGCUCUUGAACAGUCCUGCUUUUUGUUUGAACCAAGUGUAGCUGGACUACGGGAUUAGAGUACCGAGAACGCUGUUGUGUGCAGGGAGGACGAAGAGUGGCACCGGGGAAGGUAGCUGCCCCUCAGCCCUUGCGUAGAUCGAGAUGGACCCGAGGCAGAGGCAGAGCUCUCGGCCCCAAGUCGGCUUUCCUUCCCGGGCGCAGACUGAGGAGGGGUGCAAGGGGAGGAGCAUUGGGCUGGGCUUUCCAGCUGCAAACGCGUCUGGCGCCGAGGCGGGCCCGUUUUGUGCCUCCUGGGGACCGGCCGUGGGCGGUGCGCAGCUCCAGGACGCGACCUGGGGACGUGGUGGCCAGCGCCUUGCUGCAGACCCCUGAGCUUGGGGCGCUCUGUGGCCUCCGGGACCCGCAACAGGGUUACUUAUUGCUGAUGGAAAAGCGGCGGUUCUGAGGGGAAAGUUAAUAGCUUGCUUCGGUGACCAAAAGCAGUUUUCCAGAGCCAUGGGGACUUCCCAUCGGGCCCUCCUGGUCUCAGGCUGUCUUCUCACAGGGCUGAGCCUAAUCCUCUGCCAGCUUUCAUUGCCCUCUAUCCUUCCAAAUGAAAAUGAAAAGGUUGUGCGGCUGAAUUCAUCCUUUUCUCUGAGCUGCUUUGGGGAGAGUGAAGUGAGCUGGCAGUACCCCAUGUCUGAAGAAGAGAACCCCAAUGUGGAAAUCAGAAAUGAGGAGAACAACAGUGGCCUUUUUGUGACAGUGCUGGCAGUGGUCAAUGCCUCUGCAGCCCACACGGGAUUAUACACUUGCUAUUACAACCACACUCAGACAGAGGAAAAUGAGAUUGAAGGCAGACGCAUCUACAUCUACGUACCAGACCCAGAUGUAGCCUUUGUACCCCUAGGAAUGACAGAUUACUUAGUCAUUGUGGAGGAUGAUGAUUCUGCCAUCAUACCUUGUCGCACAACUGAUCCUGAGACCCCGGUGACCUUACUCAGCAGUGAUGGGGUAGUAAUGGCCUCCUAUGACAGCAGACAGGGCUUUAACGGAACCUUCGGUGUCGGGCCCUAUAUCUGUGAGGCUACUGUCAGGGGGAAGAAGUUCCAGACCAUCCCAUUUAAUGUGUAUGCUUUAAAAGCAACAUCAGAACUUGAUCUAGAAAUGGAAGCUCUUAAAACUGUAUAUAAGUCGGGGGACACGAUUGUGGUCACCUGUGCCGUCUUUAACAACGAGGUGGUUGACCUUCAGUGGACUUACCCUGGAGAAGUGAAAGGCAAAGGCCGGACAACGCUGGAGGAAAUCAAGGUCCCAUCCAUCAAACUGGUGUACACUCUGACGGUCCCUGAGGCCACGGUGAAAGACAGCGGAGAUUACGAAUGUGCUGCACGCCAGGCCACCAAGGAGGUCAAAGAAAUGAAGAAAGUCACCAUCUCUGUCCAUGAGAAAGGGUUCAUUGAAAUCAAACCCAACUUUAGCCAGUUGGAAGCUGUGGACCUGCAUGAAGUCAAACAUUUUGUGGUGGACGUGGAGGCCUACCCGCCUCCCAGGAUAUCCUGGCUGAAGGACAACCUGACUCUGAUUGAAAAUCUCACUGAGAUCACCACUGACAUAGAAAAGAUUCAGGAAAUAAGGUAUCGAAGCAAAUUAAAGCUGAUCCGUGCUAAGGAAGAAGACAGUGGCCAUUACACUAUUGUAGUGCAAAAUGAAGAUGACAUGAAGAGCUAUACUUUUGAACUGUUAACUCAGGUUCCCUCAUCUAUUCUGGACUUGGUGGAUGACCACCAUGGUUCUACUGGGGGACAGACCGUGAGAUGCACAGCUGAAGGGACACCUCUACCUGAUAUUGAGUGGAUGAUUUGCAAGGAUAUUAAGAAAUGUAAUAAUGAAACCUCGUGGAUGAUUUUGGCCAACAACAUCUCAAACAUCAUCACAGAGGUCCACCCGCAAGACAGGAGUACGGUGGAGGGCAGAGUGACUUUCGCCAAAGUGGAGGAGACCAUUGCGGUUCGAUGUCUGGCAAAGAAUCUCCUUGGGACUGAGAACCGAGAACUGAAGCUGGUGGCUCCCACUCUGCAUUCUGAACUCACGGUGGCGGCCGCAGUCCUGGUGCUGUUGGUGAUUGUCAUCAUCUCACUUAUUGUUCUGGUUGUCAUUUGGAAACAGAAACCGAGGUAUGAAAUUCGUUGGAGGGUCAUUGAAUCAAUCAGCCCUGAUGGACACGAAUAUAUUUAUGUGGAUCCGAUGCAGCUGCCUUAUGACUCAAGAUGGGAGUUUCCAAGAGAUGGACUAGUGCUUGGUCGUAUCCUGGGAUCUGGUGCAUUUGGGAAAGUGGUUGAAGGAACUGCCUAUGGAUUAAGCCGGUCCCAGCCUGUCAUGAAAGUAGCAGUGAAGAUGCUAAAACCCACAGCCAGAUCUAGUGAAAAACAAGCUCUCAUGUCUGAACUGAAGAUAAUGACUCACCUGGGGCCACAUUUAAAUAUUGUAAACUUGCUGGGAGCCUGUACCAAGUCAGGCCCCAUUUACAUCAUCACCGAGUACUGCUUCUAUGGGGAUUUGGUCAACUAUUUGCAUAAGAAUAGGGACAGCUUCCUGAGCCGCCACCCAGAGAAGCCAAAGAAAGGGCUGGACAUCUUUGGAUUGAACCCUGCUGAUGAGAGCACACGGAGUUACGUUAUUUUAUCUUUUGAAAACAAUGGUGACUACAUGGACAUGAAGCAAGCUGAUACCACACAAUAUGUCCCAAUGCUGGAAAGGAAAGAGGUUUCUAAAUAUUCAGACAUCCAGAGAUCACUGUAUGAUCGCCCAGCCUCGUAUAAGAAAAAAUCCAUGUUAGACUCAGAGAUCAAAAACCUCCUUUCGGAUGAUAACUCAGAAGGCCUUACUUUGUUGGAUUUGUUAAGCUUUACCUACCAAGUUGCCCGAGGCAUGGAGUUUUUGGCUUCAAAAAAUUGUGUCCACCGGGACCUGGCUGCUCGCAACGUCCUCCUGGCACAAGGGAAAAUUGUGAAGAUCUGUGACUUUGGCCUGGCCAGAGACAUCAUGCACGACUCGAACUACGUGUCAAAAGGCAGUACUUUUCUCCCAGUGAAGUGGAUGGCUCCGGAGAGCAUCUUUGACAACCUGUACACUACACUGAGCGACGUCUGGUCUUACGGCAUUCUCCUCUGGGAGAUCUUUUCCCUCGGUGGCACCCCCUACCCUGGCAUGAUGGUGGAUUCUACCUUCUACAAUAAGAUCAAGAGUGGGUACCGGAUGGCCAAGCCUGACCAUGCCACCAGUGAAGUCUAUGAGAUCAUGGUGAAGUGCUGGAACAGUGAGCCAGAGAAGAGACCCUCCUUUUACCACCUGAGUGAGAUUGUGGAGAAUCUUCUGCCUGGACAAUACAAAAAGAGCUAUGAAAAGAUUCACCUGGACUUCCUGAAGAGCGACCACCCCGCCGUGGCACGCAUGCGCGUGGACUCGGACAACGCCUACAUUGGCGUCACCUACAAGAACGAGGAAGACAAGCUGAAGGAGUGGGAGGGCAGCCUGGACGAGCAGAGGCUGAGUGCGGACAGCGGCUACAUCAUCCCUCUGCCUGACAUCGACCCUGUACCGGAGGAGGAAGACCUGGGCAAGAGGAACAGACACAGCUCACAGACCUCUGAAGAGAGUGCCAUCGAGACAGGUUCCAGCAGUUCUACGUUCAUCAAGAGAGAGGAUGAGACCAUUGAGGACAUUGACAUGAUGGACGACAUUGGCAUAGACUCCUCAGACCUGGUAGAGGACAGCUUCCUGUAACUGGUGGAUUCAGGGGGUACCUUCUACUCCUGGAGCCACCUGGGAUCUCUUUAAGAAAACCACUUUAUUGCAGUGCCAAGUUUGGGAGGAGGACCCGGAGGAUUGUAAAGAGAAGUUCUCAGCCAAGGGCCUCAGGGAGCCCUCUGACUAUGACUGACUGGGAUAUUUUGAAGUGAACGUGCUCAGUGUUGCCUCUUACAGUGCUGCAGUAGCAUCUCUGGUGUGUGAAGUUUGGAGGUGGACAAGGAAAUAAUAGGCUACGGAAGGUGAACUUUGUGUUUCAAGGGCAUUGGUGAGUUUCCAACAUAGAUGAUUCUGAAUGCAAGAAAGCUCCAGCAUUGUAAUUAUGUAAAUAACUCUAGUCAAGGAUAUGUUUAGAUCUGUGUGAACUAUCUCCUCUGGACUUCGGAAGAGACCACUCAACCCAUCGUGUACUUCCCGCUUGAAACCAGGUAUCAGCUGCUGUUGAACUUUCCUAUGAAGUACAUGCAAAACCACUUUUGAACCUUAAAAGGUACUGGUACUAUAGCAUUUUACUUUUUUUUAUUUUUAGUGUUAAAGAGAUAAAAGAUAAUAAUUAACCAAUCUUGUUUAAUAGAUCUGGGUCACUUAGAAGCCUAGCCACUCAUUUUCAUAUUGUAACCUAUGUUUAUAAUACUACUACUGUUUGUCAUAAAGCUCAGUGUGUAAUAUGUAACACAUUUUCCCUACAGAGAAAGCACAAUUUUUAAAAAGUCCUUACUAAGUAGGUGACAAGUUUGACAGUUUUUGACAUUUAUAUCAAAUAACAUAUGACUCCCUAUAAAAUAUGGUCAUAGCUUUAGUAGUUUAAAUUUAGUUGAAUAUAGAGAACAAAGUAAAAGUAGUGUCUUCCAGGAAGUCAGUGUUUUUAACUGUGUACUGAAUAGGUUCCUUAAUCUGUUGUACUAAAAACAAUUACCUGCCCUCUGAAGUAAUGGGAUUCAAAACAAACAAAACCCCUAAAUCCUAAUAUAAAAGCAUAAGCCUAUGCCUAGCACGACUUCUCAUGUUAUUAACCAGUGGGAAGUAUAAUCUUCAUCAAAGAUGAAGAGUUUGUUUGCAGAGGUUUUUAAAUUGUUUUUCAUGCCUGGUGAUUACUUUGGUGGAUCCCAACAUAUACAUUUUUAAAAUUCUACAAACCCUAAAAGAAUCAGAAGGAUGCCCUGUACAUCAAGCCCCCUUGCUUCGUCUCUUACCACAAGGACAAAUAGUAUUAAACUGAGAACAUAAAGGCAUUGUUUAGUGAAAGCUGUGUGUGCGUUAGCCUGGACCCGUGGAUUACAAAUGUAAUUGGUAACCAGGAUCCACAUUGUAGGUCUUCACCCCAGAGUUUCUGAAUUAAGCCCGGGGUGGGUUGGGGGGAGGAGCAGGAACCUGUAUUUUUAUAAACUCCCUGGCUGUUCUGAUCAGCGAAGUCUGGGAAACAACAACUUAGUUUACAGGAAGUUGCCACGGGGGGGAAAAUAACUUGAAAUUUGGAAGCUGGGCUACAAGUCAAUCACGCAGGAAGCCCACUAUUUAAGUCCUUGGUUUUGGGUCUGUGACAUUUAAUGAUAUAUAUCUAGUGAUUGCUACCCUUAAUUUAAAUUUCUGGUCUUAGAUGAGGCUGAGAAAACUAAAUCUUGGUUUGGCAGGUCUUCCAAAAGUGAAGACACUGGCUCUCCUUGCAUGGGGGAACUGAGCUGGCCACUAUCCCCAUCCCCAAAGGGGAACUGAACCCCCCUCUCCCUCCCCCAAAAGGCAUGUACAAAAAUGAUACGAUUCAGUGUGCCAAGUUGCUAUAUAACCAGGUCAAUAUUUUGGUGAAAAAAACUUAAAAAAACUUUUACUGAAAUUUUAGGGUUAGAUGGCAGGACAGAUUGUCGUAUCUGUUCAAACUGUCAAACUGAUUGGUGUGGGUUCCUUGGCAUUCUUUGCAACACCUUUAAAUGCUACCAGGCUAUGCAUGAAACAUGGGCUGUGAUGACUGCAAUCACUGUGUGCUCUUGCCAGGUGAUGCUGUGGCAGAUGCAGGAGCAAUAACAAGGUACUUGACUACCUACUGGAAUUAUCUCAGUGCAGGCCUCGACUUCCUUAGCCAUCCUUUGCACCGUAAGUGUGAAGACUGAGCCAGAUUGGCCAAUUAGAAAAGAAAACCUGAUUAAGUUCUGUAGAGCCAAUUAGACUUGAAAUACAUUUGUGUUUCUAGAAUCACAGCUCAAACAUUCUGUUUAUUGCUCACUCUCCCUUGUACAGCCUUUUCUUGUCAGCGCUUUGCAUUUUGGUCUUCCUUUGAGUCUUGCAUGACAUCAUGAGGCUGGAUGAAAAUUCUCGGACAAGCAGGUUCCAGUCGUAACUAAUGUUCCCACCUGAGUUCGUGUGUGGCUGCAUUUUUCUUUUUUUGUAAACAGUGUAUCAGAUUUGUUUCCUUUUUGGCCUCCUGCAGAGUCCCCAAAUGAAAAUUUGCCAAUCUUUCCUGCUUUCUAUUUUUAUGAAGACAAUCAAAGCUGGCCAGAGAAACACAAUUUGUGAUUUUUAAAAAUGAUCAGUGGUAUCCUUAAAAUGUGGUCUGCCAAUCUGUACAAAUGGUCCUAUUUUUGUGAAGAGGGACAUAAGAUAAAAUGAUGUUAUACAUCAAUAUGUAUAUAUGUAUUUCUAUGUAGACUUGGAGAAACAGUCAAAACGUAUAUGACAAGCUGUAUCACUGCCUUUGUUUAUAUUUUUUUAACUGUGAUAUUCCCCACAGGCACAUUAACUGUUGCACUUUUGAAUGUCCAAAAUUUAUAUUUUAGAAAUAAUAAAGAGAAAAAUACAUAAGUAUUCCCAAAACAGUGGUGUGGUGUGUGAGAACUAACUCAAUAGGAAGGGUCUCCUGAAACAAAACGUAUUACAAAAUGCCCCUAUUCAUGUUUUUGUUUUAAAACGUGUAAAUGAAGAUCUUUAUAUUUCAAUAAAUGAUAUAUAUAAUUUAAAGUUA